AACUGAAAUUGACGCCAGGUUCAUUUUACUGUUAAUUAACUUCGAUUUUUAGCAAUUUGAUUGAAAAAAUAAGAAAAAGCGGUGCUUGGGGUUAAAGAGCAGUGUCACGUCUACCAAUAGAACAAGAGAUGUCGUCGGAAGAAGUUGCAUUUCUGCGUGAUCAAGUGAAAAGGCUCAAUGCUGUCCUUGCAAAAUAUCAAGAAAAGUACCCUGCAAUUGGUUCUGACCAGUCGAGCAGGGUACUCAACAUUGAUGGACCAGAGGCACCUUGGCUGGUUGACAAGAGCCUUCUUAGCCCUCUGAUAGCAGAAUAUGAUGGCUCCUUGAAGGAAAUGAACGAACAGCUUGAUGAUUAUAAAAAAGAACAGAGAGAUCUCCGGUCACAGCUGGAUAAGAUCCUCUCUGAAAAUAUGCGCUUGACGCGUGAACUCAAAGAAUGUGUGCAGGGUCAGCUGGACACUUUAAAUGGUUCAGACAUCAGACCGGGCUCGGGCGAUGAUGUUAUGUUACAGAACUUGCAGCAGCAACUUGACCUUGCAUUACAGGAGAAAGAAUCAGCAGUGGAGAUGUGGCAAUCAUCACUUCAGGAGGUCGAGCGACUUGAACGUGAUCUUCAGGAUCAAAAGAGUAAUCCACAAUGGAAAGUGUUCGAGCAGCAGUCAAAUCAAAAACACUUCACAAAGACCAGAAUUAGAACCUGCACUGGUUCGCAGAGAUCUUGCGUAAACUUUUACCCCAUUCUGAAUUUGAAGGAGCAAUAUUUCAAUGCCGUCUCAGAAUUGAAUGCCGAGAUAAGUUCCCUACAAGAAGAACUCAGGAAGAGUAAAAAUGAGAACCGUGCAGCAAGCCUCCAGGUUACAGAACUCAGGAAGACAUUGGAGGAAGCUAAGGACCACAUGUUCAGACAGGAGCAGGACAGAAAUGAUGCGAUCGGUCGUGGUGAAAUAUCCGAGAAUAUCGUUGACUCAAUGAGGAAGGAGAUAAGUGAGCUCGAAGCCAAUUAUUCUAGCGCCCAGAGAGAAAUUGCCCAACUGGCCGCCGACAAGAAACUUGGGGAGGAGAAGAUGCAAGAACUGUUGAAGAGCAACUUGGAACAUGAAGCUGCUGAGUACGAGGCGGUCAUUCAGCUGAAGGAGCAGGUCCAGAUCACUGACCAGGCUGCCAUGGAAAAGGAACAGGCUCUGAUCAAUGAGAAGCAAGCCAAUGAUGAAAACCAGAGACUUCAAGAGGCCAUCAAUAAGCUACUAGACGAGGCAGGAAUGCGCACAAGAGAGGAGGUGGACAAUGUGAAGAAUCAGUGUAAUGUCAAGAUGGAGAGACUGGUCGAGGAAGUCUAUUCAUUAGAAAUGGAAAGCAGUGAAAAACAAGCUCAAUUGGAGAGAGCCUGCAGAGAGAAGAAGGCUGUGGAAGCAGAAUUAGAAAAGCUGUACCAGGAAGGUGUCACACAGGGCCACAAAGAAAACAGCACCCAUAGCGAGCUGAACAGACGGGCAUGUCAGGCCGAGAAGGAGAAACAAGAUGCUCUCAUAAGCCUUGAAUCGACAACAAAUCAACUCAAAAGACUGGAGAAUGUUUACAAGCAAGAGAAAUCCCAGUAUGAUGCUCACAUGAACAGUAUGAGGGAAAGAAUGGCAGAGUAUGGACGUGAGUACGAAAAGGUGGAUGAGGAUCGUGUGAAAUAUGUCGAUCAGAUCAACGAGAUGAAGAAGAUGAUGCAGCAGCUGAGAAAGGAGAAGGAAUCUGCGGAGAGGAAGUGCAGCAGACAGAUGUCAUGUCUAGAACAAGAUUCAAACUUGCGAGAUCGAGAAUUUGAGGUGAAGCUUCAGAGUAUGGAAGACGGGCACCGCCACGCCAUGCUGGAGGUCAGACAACUCCUUACUGCUCAGCAACGGAUGAGUGCAAAAUGGAAAGAAGAAUGCCAUUCGAUCACAGCCAAAUUUGAAGCCAAAUUAGGCGAUUGCCGUGCCGAGAACUCGCGUCUUAAAACUAGGCAGCAAGAGUUGGUAUCUCUGCUGGAUGACAUGAGAAAAAAAACGACAGAGUCGGAAGAGAUGUUGUGUGAAUAUACGAGAAAUAUCAAAAGACUGGAGAACAGGGUCCGCGAGGCUGAGCAACGGGCUAUGCUGGCGACUAAACAGGUGUCUGGUCAGUUGUCCAGGGAAAGGAGGAUAGUACAAGAAAGACGGCUUCUGAGGUCAGAACUUGACAGAAGCAAGUUAGAGACAUCAAGACCAACAAGCAGAAAUGCCGAUGCAAUCCUGCAGCACGAGUCGCCACGUAGCCGCCAUGGAAGUGGAGGGAGCACUAGGGACAUUUUCUUCACCAACGGACGUGCAGCAGACGACCUUGUGCCGCUCUGAUCAAAUCGUAAAGGGACCACAACACCUGUGAUUUUAACAUUGGCUCCAUUACUGUACCGUCCAGUUGAUAACCAUGACUUGAUACACAAGUGCUGUUCUUGAAUUAUCACGAGAAAUGCUGGCACAUCAUUUCCAAGGAUGCUGAAAAGUGAAAAAAUUUAGGCACCGUGGGGGAUAUUUGGUAGAAAAACCCUGGCCCUGAAGGUGUUGAAAUAGUAGCUGCAGUGAGAGGUACUGACAUACAUGGAUAUCUGUUUCUCAAGGUGUGUUUCUCCCAGUUUGAUAGUGCCCAUGAAUUCAUACUUGAACAUAAUGAUUGAUUAUGAUAUCAUUACUAGAAGAAGGAAUACAUUUAGCAGGUCUAAAUGUGUAUAUUUCAACAUUCAUGUAGAUGCAUCACUUGUACAUGCAGGUACUGUAAACCUGUUUUAUAGUUGCGAGCCUAAUAUUUUUGCAAGAGGCAAGCCUUAGGGCCAUAAAAAUAUUUAACUUGAUGGUUUUAUCAUUGGAAAAUGCACCAGAUCUCGAAAUUAAAUCGAAGCAAAAUCUGAAAAGGCUGUUUUCCUGAUUAUUUAGGGCUGGGAAAGUAAAGCGGUUGACAAUAUAGCCCCGUUGGCUCAUGUUUGAUUAGUCUGAUGACUUCCCUAGAUCUGCCUGUACAUAGUCAUUGUAAAGUAGUUGGCCGUAGUUUGAACAUAGUGGUACUGGGUACUUAUAGAAUAGUUCAUAUCCAGAAAUUACUAAACAUUUAUACUGCCACUUCUUAAUGUUUCAAUCUAUAUUGUGUAUUUUAAAGAAUCUUAUCUGCUUGAUGCAUUAUAUUUUACUCUAUCGUUCACUAAUUUCCUGGUUUAAUAAUAAUACAUAGGUUAUACAAAGAAUUGUUAAAUUGAGAAUGAUGGAUACUGGUGCCCCACUCGAAAACAAGACGCAUAAUAUAAUCCUAAGAUAUCUUAAACCUAGAAAUUAUUGUGUGCCUUAUAUAUCUGUCUUAUGUCUUAAAAAGUUUAGAGAUAAUCACAAUAAUGUGAGGUUCAAAGUGAAAUAAAACUCGAACUGAAGUAUCUGUUACAAGGUUGUCACAAUCACACUGGGAGGUCUCUGUAAUACAAGAGAGACCGGGAGGGUGAUACUUGAAAAGUCUCCUGAUCAAAUAGCUCUCUUGUUGUUAACACUUUGAUGAUCAUCUUCAACAAAUUAAUUGGAACUGUAAUACUAAAAAGCAAGGCCUGUUCGAAUUGUUCAGUCAUCUGAUUGUCAAAAUAUUGUAUGCAGAUUAUUAUGUGUUAUUUAUUCUUGUAGUUUAAUAAA